UCACCCGUAGCUCCAUCUCUCUCUCAUCUUUGCAGCUGUCACAAGUAACGCUUAAGACGAUAAAAACUACUUAGGGUCGGUCAGAAUUAAUCUUCAAGGUAUUUAUCUGUCGCCAAUAGGCUAUCACAGCUUUGGCCGAACAUGUCUGAUAAGAGUGAGCUGAAGGCGGAGCUGGAGAGGAAGAAACAGCGACUGGCCCAGAUCCGCGAGGAGAAGAAGAGGAAAGAGGAGGAACGCAAGAAGAAGGAGGUAAAGACUGAUGGCCGAAAGGAAGGAGCGUCUCCUCCUCAGGAUGACUCUGACCUGGAGAGGAAGAGGAGAGAGGCAGAGGUUUUGCUUCAGAGCAUGGGCAUCACCCCAGACACGGCCAUGGUUCAGCCCCUGAGAGUUGUAACAGAGGACACAUGUCUGUUUCACUAUCUAGUCCCCCCUCCCAUGUCCCCCAGUGCCAAGUCAGUGGGCACACCCAGCGAGGCUGGCAGCCAGGACUCCGGAGAUGGCACCACUGGGCCCAGGACUCUGCACUGGGACUCUGACCCGUCCACUCUCCUGCUCCACUCUGAUUCUCACCUGGGACGCGGCCCACUGAAACUGGGCAUGGUGAAGGUCACUCAUGUGGACUUCCCCCCGAAAGAGAUCGUCUCCUACUGCAAAGAGACGCAGACUCCCACACAGACCCAGCCGAAAGACGAGGAAGAGGAGGAGGAAGAGCUGGCCGUGAUGCCGCCUGCCACGGAGACUCAGGAGGACGCUCCCGCUCAGAAGGAGGAUGAGGAAGCCCCCCCUCAUGAGCUGACGGAGGAGGAGAAGCAGCAGAUCCUUCACUCGGAGGAGUUUGUGGCCUUCUUUGACCACAGCUCCCGCAUCGUGGAGCGCGCUCUCUCAGAGCACGUGGACGUCUUCUUCGACUACAGUGGCCGAGACCUGCAGGAUAAAGAAGGAGAGUCGCAGGCGGGGGCCAAGCUCUCUCUCAACAGGCAGUUCACAGACGAGCGCUGGUCCAAGCACCGAGUGGUCACCUGUCUGGACUGGUCACCUCAGUACCCUGAGCUGCUGGUGGCCUCCUACAACAACAAUGAGGAUGCGCCACAUGAGCCGGAUGGAGUGGCACUGGUCUGGAACAUGAAGUACAAGAAAGCCACACCAGAGUAUGUCUUCCACUGCCAGUCUGCAGUCAUGUCGGCAGCCUUCGCCCGUUUCCAUCCCAACCUGGUGGUGGGGGGGACCUACUCCGGCCAGAUUGUGCUGUGGGAUAACCGUAGCAACAAGAGAACCCCCGUCCAGAGGACUCCACUGUCUGCAGCUGCGCACACGCACCCUGUAUAUUGUGUAAAUGUGGUGGGAACCCAAAAUGCCCACAACCUCAUCAGCAUCUCUACAGAUGGCAAGAUGUGUUCCUGGAGCCUGGACAUGUUGUCUCAGCCACAGGACAGUCUGGAGCUGGUGUUUAAGCAGUCCAAGGCAGUGGCUGUCACCUCCAUGUCCUUCCCCCUCGGCGAUGUCAACAACUUUGUGGUGGGCAGUGAGGACGGCUCUGUCUACACAGCAUGCCGACAUGGCAGCAAAGCAGGCAUCGGCGAGAUGUUCGAGGGCCACCAUGGGCCCAUCACAGGGCUCCACUGUCACACAGCAGCUGGCCCAGUCGACUUCUCGCACCUGUUUGUCACUUCCUCCUUCGACUGGACCGUCAAGUUGUGGAGCACCAAGAACAACAAGCCGCUGUACUCGUUUGAGGACAACUCGGACUACGUGUAUGAUGUCAUGUGGUCUCCCACACACCCUGCUCUGUUUGCCUGUGUGGACGGAGUGGGACACCUGGAUCUGUGGAACCUCAACAACGAGACAGAGGUUCCGACUGCGUCGGUGACGGUGGAGGGAAACCCCGCUCUCAACCGCGUGCGCUGGGCCCCAUCGGGGAGGGAGGUCGCCGUGGGCGAUUCGGACGGUCAGAUCCUGAUCUACGACGUGGGAGAGCAAAUCUCCGUCCCGCGGCCAGAUGAGUGGACGCGCUUUGUGCGCACACUCUCGGAGAUCAAUGAAAAUCGGGAGGACGCUGAGGAGCUGGCCGCCCAGCGAUUGGCUGCCUGAUCUGCCAGGGCAGUUUCGAACCAAUCCGAUUGGUCUCUUGGAUCCAGCCUGCACUCUCUCUUCUCCUGCGUGUUUUUAUUUAAACAGUUACUUGGCAUGAAAACUGACUAACUUCCACAUUCAGGAACGUUUUAAACUAGCUAUACCAACACUAACUCAGUACCUACUACCGCUGCAAUAUGCAAAACUUUUUAUCUUUCGACUUUUUUGUAGUACUGUUUUUCAGUGCAUUAACUUAAACUUUCGACAUCAAUUGUAUUUAUUUAGUAACGAGCUUCUUUUUAUUCUUCAUAAAAUGUUAUUUUAUACUCUAAGCAGUAUCAGCAGUGUUAGAAACACUAACCUUUACAUUAGACACGACAUAGGGACGGGGGUCAGGUGCUUUUUUCUCUUCCUGACUUUGUACCAUCUAUAGAAAGACGAGGAAAAGCUGACCUAUCGUAAGUGCAGUCCGGCAGUGGCUAGCCAAUCACAAGUGCGGUCCUGCAGUCAAGUCCCACCUCUCUGACCCUGACGCCUUAAGCCCCACCCACCUCCCAGCCCAGUGCACCAACCAGCCUUGAGUUCCGUAGAACCACACCUGUUAGAUAGCCAUUACCUAGUUGCAUUCCAGUCAUCGAGGGUCUGUUAACUCAUUCCUCCACUCCACACAUUGGACAGUUCAGGUAAAUGUAGAACGAUCAUAUAGCCAGUCCAGUCCACAAGAGCCCAUAACAGUAUCUUCACCUUCACGUAGUGUAGGACAGUAGAGAUUUGUACUGUAUAAGCUACUUAAGUAACUCUUUGAUUGUAACAGAAGGAGAGAGCUGGAUUCAAUAUGUUUUGAUGUCAUGACUUCUAUACCUCUUAAUUUUCAUGUUAUUAAUCAGUCCAUGAAUUUUAGAAAGGAAACAAAAAUAGCGUAAUGUUAACCACAGCACACAUUUAGAAUGAGUUUUAUUUUGAUAACGUACAUAAUCAUACAUGUAUUUUUUUUCCGGCAUGUUUCUCCGACAAGUGCUUGAUUUUCCUAUUACAAGCACCAGGAUCUUGUACCUUUUGGAAAACCAUAGUGUGGGCUACAGGCUCUCUGUACCACUCCUGGCUUAGUACUACUUGGUAACAGUUGCAGUGCUUUUUUUUCCUCUUUUCAAACCAAAGCAGGACCUUGUGCUAAAGUAUGUUCCAGUGUAUUCAUGAAACGCUAGUCUUCCCUAUUGAAGGGGCUCUGGGGCGUGUAAGAUGAAUAGGGUUAGGGUUAAUUGGUAAUGGAAGUCACUCACAGAAAGACAGAAACAGACACACGCAGACACGCACACACGCACACACACACACACACACACACACACUCCGGACACAUUCCAGACAUACACCUACACACAUACUGUAACUGAUGCACUUGUGGUUUAUGAAUUGUGCAUUUAAAAAAAAUGGAUAUGAAGUGACCAAGUCCAGUAUUCCAGAAAAUGUUCAUAUUUGUGUUUGUUGUGUGUCCCCCUCCCAUUCACCGUGUUAUGAUCAUUUUAUAUCACUCUGAAACAAAUCUUCCACCUUUACCCACUCUUGUUAAAUUUAACCACAAUGAUUUAUUCAAUAAAAUACAAGAAUGAAAUACA